AUGGAUUUGAUGAACCGGGUCUUUCAUCCAUUUUUGGACCAGUUCGUGAUUGUGUUCAUUAAUGAUAUUCUUAUCUAUUUGAGAUCGGAGUCGGAGCACGAGCAGCAUCUAUGUUUGGCUUUGCAGACCUUACGUGAACAUCAGCUAUAUGCUAAGUUCAACAAGUGUGAGUUUUGGAUUUCUAAGAUCAGGUUUCUUGGCCAUAUUGUCAGCAGAGAGGGCAUAGCAGUAGACCUAGCUAAGGUUUCAGCAGUACUUGAUUGGGAACCGCCGAAAACGGUUACCAAGAUUCGUAGCUUUUUGGGAUUGGUUGGAUAUUACAGGAAAUUUAUUCAGGACUUCUUGAAGAUUACGAUGCCCCUUACACGCCUUACAAAGAAGGGUGUACAGUUUUCUUGGAGCAUGAAGUGCCAGAAGGCUUUUGAUACAUUGAAGGCUAAGUUGACUACAGCGUCAGUUCUUACUAUUCCGAGCAGUGAUAGGACAUUUGUUGUGUACACGGACACAUCGUUAACAGGUUUGGGAGGUGUUCUGAUGCAGACUCAGAAGGUAGUAGCAUACAUCACAUGGCAGUUAAGAGUUCAUGAACAGAACUACCCCACUCAUGAUUUAGAGUUAGCAGCGGUUGUAUUCGCACUGAAGGCGUGGAGACACUACUUAUAUGGAGUGCAGUUCGAGCUUUUCACAAACCAUCAGAGUUUGAUGUACCUUUUCUCCCAGAAGGAACUUAAUCAGAUGAAGCGGUAA